AUGUUACUCGGCGGGAUUCAUUUCCUCGGUGGUGCAGAGCAGGAGCUGGAUGACAUGAUGCUGCAGAGCCCGCUCACCUCCACGCCGUUUUCUGUCAAGGAUAUCCUCAAACUGGAGCAGCAGCAGCAGCAGCAGCAGUCCGGGUCUUUGGAGCUCCAGCACAGGGCCCAGUUGGCUGGAUCUCCUCCUCCUGUUCCUCCUGCUCCUCAGCAGCAGCAGCACUUCCAAACACAGCAACACUCCUGCAUGCUCGCAGGGGCCCGGGACAGUCCCUCCUUCUCGGACGGGGAGGACAAUCUGGCUUACCUGAGCGCGCUGGCUGUGCGCGCGGAGGAGGACCGAGGGGAGACCAGCCUGUCCCCGGAUAUGUACGUGCAUCCCGGGCUGCACGGAGCCAAGCUGGAGGCCGCCGAGCUGGACGAGCAGGAGAGCAAGACCUGCAGCUUGGUGUCCCGGGAGGAGGCCUCAGAAACCGGCCCGGGAGACUCGGAUCGUCCCGUGCAGAAGCAGAGGAGCCGUCGGAGACCCCGGGUCCUCUUCUCCCAGGCUCAGGUCUUCGAGCUGGAGCGUCGCUUCAAGCAGCAGCGUUACCUCUCCGCCCCCGAGCGCGAGCACCUCGCCACCACCCUCAAACUCACCUCCAACCAGGUCAAGAUCUGGUUCCAGAACCGGCGCUACAAGUGCAAGAGGCAGCGGCAGGACAAGUCUCUGGAGGCGGCGGGGCAGCAGCACCCUCACCCUCCCCCACCCCGGCGCGUGGCUGUGCCGGUGCUGGUCCGGGAUGGGAAGCCUUGUUUGGGGGGACCUCAGGGCUACGCUGCUGCAGCUGCUGCUGGUUCUCCAUAUGCAUCCAACCCGUACAGCUAUAACGGAUACCCUGCUUACACAUACAACAGCCCUGCUUACAACAGUAACUACAGCUGCACGUACACCAGCAUCCCCGCCCUCCCCCCCUCCAGCUCCUCCAACGCUUUCAUGAACAUGAACCUGGGGAACGUGGGCGGCCUGGGAGGCUCUGCACAGCCGCAAACACACCAAGGGACAGCGGUCACAGCGUGCCAGGGCUCCCUGCAGGGGAUCCGGGCCUGGUAG